AGCAAUUCAGCGCCUUUGCUUUUCUUUUUUUUUUUUCUUAUUUCUGAUCAUCAGACCUAUUGCCACAGAUUUCUGGGGAGGGAAAAGAGAAGCCUCCUCGUCCACCUCCUCCUCACUCUCCGCACGUCCGCGGGCGACGGCGGCGUCGGCUCCGUGCAGCUCUGACCGCGCGGCUGUGCACGCCGUCUCUCUCCUCCUGUGCUUGCACGCUCUCUCACCGGCGUGCUCGGACGAACGAGCAAACGAAGCUCUGAGGAGAGGACUCGGGUCAGCCUUCCACAGGACAGGAAGUGGGAGUCAGAGCUUCGGUGUGCGCUCGUACCUGCACCUCUUUUACGAGGACUGUGCCUUCGCCACACCCAGGGAUGAGGAGGAAGACCAAGACUUCAAGGGAGAGUCCCUAUCCUCAAUGUCCUGGUACUCGCUGCUCUGGAAGGCCAGCCUUCCAGCAGGGCUCCUCCUGGUGGUCACCGGCAGCGUUGCGCUGAGCGUGGGGCUGCUCCUGCCCCCGCAGAUCGAGGGCUUCGGGGAAGGGGAGCUGCUGAUGGUGGACGAGCGCGCCAUCGGGCACAACGGCAUGCUGGCGGCAUGCCGCCUGGCAGGGGGGCUGCUGCUGGCCCUCGGGGGAACGGUGCUGUUGGCCUGCACCCUGGCGUCUCCCAUCUGCAGGGCGAUGGAGAGGAUCAGGGACGACGGCACCUACCGCCCCGGCGCCAGCGAGUCGCCCAGGGCCUGGCCUGUCCCCAACAUAUCGCCCAUCCAGUCCAUGCUGCCCGUCAGCCUGUCACCCACGUUCAGCGUCCAGCCCAAAUCGGGGCUCUGAGCACCUCAGGAAAGGGUAGCCGCAGUUCAUUGCUGGGAGGGCAACUUAUUCAUGCCCUCAGACUGCCUGUCUGACCUCACACGUCUCUCACGGCAACGCGGGCCCGUCUUGUCAGAAACACGCUCCUGCUUACUCCAAACGUGUCCAGGGCCAUCUUUCGUUGUCACGCUGUUGUCACUCAUGAAAUCGGUAGCACAUGUGUUCAUCACCCGAGAACCUUAUUGCCUUUAUUUCCAGCAUUUUAGGCAAAUAAGCUCUGUGUGAAACCGUG